AUGGCUGCUUUGGAACCACCACCAAUUGAAAAGAAGAAAAAGUCAAAUUCCUACCUGGGAUAUCGAGAGAGCUGUAGUGCGCUGAACGACAGUGGGAGCCAAUUGGUCAAUGUUGAAUACACAAAAUUCCCUACGAGUAUCGAUAAAAGUCGCAUAACAAGUGAUGCUCAACUGCAGUUGCGUUUGGUAGCUGAGAGGCUCUGCACUCGUGUAGAGCGUCGUUAUGAAAAACGACUCUUGCAGCAAAGAGAGAAAGAUCGAGUAGACACGGAUCGCAAGUUGGCAGAUAUUCGCGCUGAGUAUGCUGAGCAAAUGGAAAUGCGGCGUCGAGAAGUAUGCAGU